AUUGUGUCCCUUCUGAGUAAUGACGACCCUGAUCAUAACCCACUACUGUCUGACUUCACUAAUUGGUGCAUGUCAUCCUUUCUGACUGUCAUUACAUCCAAGACAAAAAAGAAAAUAGUUGAUUUGAAGGAAAACCUAAUAGUAUCGUCUCCUGUGGUCAUCAACUACCAGGCUGUCGAGGUAACAUGGCCAAAAAUAAACAAAAAGGGAAGAAGCAGAAGAACGUCUUUCAAGUCGCAAACAAACAUUUGAAGCCCAAGAACAAAGCCAAACCGGUUACGACUACGCUCAAACACAUAAACGCUAUGAAGAACGAGAAAGUGGAGAACCUCAAUCAGAUUUUCACUGAAGUCCAGAGGGAUGUGAAGAGUGUUUCUAAAUCUGUGGUGCCGGAGCCCAAGAAACAAACACAGGUUGUCAGAGAGCCGCCGAAGGAGUCUGUAAAUGUUGACAACGCUGCUGAGCUCUUCUCUCAGCUGUAAUGGGCCAGGAACGAUGAACUGACAUCAAGUCUGAGCACCUGUAGUCUGAGUCACAGGAAGGACUCUGGUGGAAUAAGCACAUAUUUCAGUUGUGCAGCGUCAGGGCUGGCUUUCUCCUUCCUUCCUCGAUCCAUGUUUUGCUGUUUUGAAAGUUCCCUUCAAGUCCAACAACCACUUCGAGUCCACACUGAAAAUGCAAGUACAUUUCAUCUGAUGUGGGGGUUUCUUCUGUACUUUGACACACUUUGUCAUGCACACGUCUGACCAAAACAACUGUCCUUAAAGUGUUUUUUAUCGGCACCACCUCUGCAUCCUCAGUGCCGACCAAGAUGAGUGGGAUUCAUUUAAAGAACAAGCCCUAAACCACCCAGAGGACUAUAACACCUAUUCCAGAAUGACAGUGGACGGUGCCAGACAUGUCUACAGCAGAGUGCAGAGCUAAUAUAGUGGAUCAGUUUGGAUAAUGUUAGCCUCAUAGCAUAACCCUCCUAAAUCUUUGUUUUUUUUUCAGAUCAUAGCCAAUGAUGCGAAGUUAGAAGAUUAAAGUUACUAGUUCUAGGCCAGGGGUGUCAAACAUAUGGUCCGUGGGCCAACACCAGCCCACUAAUGCUGCGUUUCCACUAUGUGGUACCAGCUCGACUCGACUCGGCUCAGCCUUUUUGCGUUUCCAUUACGA